CCAAACCGAACCUCCACUGCUUCCCACCACCGACUUCAUUACUUCGGCCACUAUUCGGCGUAACACUGACUGCGACAUCACCCGUGACUUAAACAACGCAUACUCGGCGACCGUAUCGUGAUUCUUUUCCCAGGACAUCCUGAGGCGACCUGCACUCGUCUUCAAGCUGUCUUGGGCUGAGGGGCUGCACCAUCGCUUGCCGAUUCGAUCCAUCCAACUCCGCGGCGCAGUUGCUGUACGCGGUUCAACCCGCCACCUUGAAGUUCCGUCAUCGCGGCAGCACCCUUUAGACGACAGUUGACCUUUGCCGUUAUUGACUACACCUUCGGAACCGACUCCGCAUUUUGUGGCUAACGCGAGGCUUUCGUGCGUCCUCGAGACGUGGGUAGUGGGAGGGGGAGUACCAGAUUUCUUCAGCCCUGGCGGCUCAGCCGCUCCUUCAGGAUGGGCAAAAUCACCAAGACGAUGCAGUCUAAACACAGGGAGAACCUGUCUCCCUGGGUUAGAAACUAUGUCCUCGCCGCAGCUUCUACGCCGCUGCCGCUCAUUCCCGAGAAGCUCAACGAGUUUCCGACGAGAUGGCCGUUCCCGCGCGGCGACCUCUAUCACUGGAUCCCGCUUUUGAACCGGUUCGACAGCGUCCUCGAGGCUUUUUGCGCGACCUACAACCUGCAUGAAGGAUUUCAGACACAGGACUUUGCGUGCGACUUGCUGAUGAACAAGGGCGCGCCGGUGGAGUACGCCGAUGACCAAGCAUAUAGCAAGGAACGUCUGGUGCAGAUGGGCUACAAUGAGGACGGCGACCGCCAGCUCAUCAUUUCCAUUCUCACGUUUACCCGUGUGCUCUUGCAGCAUUGCGGCAAUCGGAGCAUCUACGCCAGCAGCCCGCACCUGAACGAUUUGCUCAAUGCGACCGAUCUCAGCGUUGUCUACUCCACUCUCCAAGUUGGCCUGGAGCUCGCCCAGCGGUACCAGGCGUCAAUCAAGCGAGUCGGCACGCCCAACCGCCAAGUCAGCGCGGCCUUGCUUGCGAACCAUUACAAUAUCGAUCUUGAUCGGGUUCAAUUCCUCGCGCAACCCUUCGUGAAAACCCCCGUCUCCCCGGGUCCUCGUUUCUCAGAUGUGCCGCCGGCGACCCCGGGGUCUACGAGCAAGGGAAAGGACAAGGCACCUGGCUCCAAUCUCCGGAACGCGGCAUCCACAUAUGCCAACGACCUGACCGCAAUCGUUGCCCCUGGACCAGUCGAUGAUGGACGGUGGGCUGGGUGGGGAGACGUCAGAAUUCUCUAUUAUCCGAGAACCGAAAUCUCGGACUCCGGCGCCGCCGAACCGCCGAGCGGGGACGGUAGCUCGUCAUCAGUGCCGACGACUCCUACUCCACUCCGGCGUAGCGCCACGAGCAUCUCACACACUCCGCGUUCGACCAGACUACCGGGCGCCGAUGACAGCCCUCUAAGUCGAGGCCAUGGUCACAGUGGCGAUGACCACGCUGUUUCAGGCCCCAAGUCUCUUGAAUUGCGGCAGGCCACUGUGCAGAUGACAUCGAUCUAUGAGCUCCUCAAACUCUGUCCUGCCGACAUGUCGAAAUCUUCGAGGUACGAGUUCCUCAAUAGAUUGAGAAUAUCGAAGGCGUUUCUGGGAUCGUCCGAAGACCGGCAACUGGCGCUGGCUGUGCGUCUGCUGGCCAUCACCAACUUAGCAUACAUCCACCCCGAAGCCACUUUUGUCGAAAAGGUCCUGAAGCAGGACAACGACGAGCCACGCAGGUACCAGCUUGUGUACCAGCUUGCUGAGUUGGUUCAUCCGUCGGCCGAUGGAACGCCCGACACGCCUCUGCGGCUGCAAGCCCUCGCGCUCGCCGCUUUGGAGUCCAUCACCGUCAUGCCAUCUAAAUAUCCGGAGGUGGUUGCCGCGCUGAACGCGAACGUCAAUCACGGCGUUCUCCUGUAUGUCAUCCGAAAGGCUGUGGCAAGCAUGAAGGAGGACUCAAUUGAGCCGGAUGAUGGAAAGGUUACCGAUACCGAUCACUGGCGGGCUAGUCUCUUCGCCCUAACCCUACAGAUGGCCAUGGCCUCUCGCAUCGGCCAAGAAAUGUCGUCUGCCGGGCUUCUUGAGAUCAUGGUUGAAAUACUGAAUAUCCGCUCCAAGACUGCGGCGCGGAACUAUAGCAUGGUGCUCGCUUUCCUGGAUACCAUUAUUUAUGGGUUCAAUGGAGCGUUCACCGUGUUCAGCAAUGCGGGGGGUCUUGAUGCCAUCUCCAACCUCAUCAUUGACACGGUUGCCCGCUCGAAGGAACUUGUCGCGGCCGGGCUUGGAACCAAGCCCGAAUUCCACUCGCAUACGGUGGACUACGAAAUUCCUUUCUACCAGCAGCAAACCCUCAAGUGGCUUCUCAAGUUCAUUCACCACAUCAUGACGAAUGCCUUCUCCUUCGGGACCAACACCGAUCGACUUCUGAGAAAUCUGGUGGAUAACUCUGCCUUGCUGGGCAGCCUGCGAGUCAUCACCGAGGACAUGCAUGUUUUCGGGUCUUUGGUCUGGACCAAUGCCGCUGGCUUGUUGAGCGAUUUCAUCAACAAUGACCCGACCAGCUUUGCUGCCAUCUCGGAAUCGGGCAUGAUCCAGAGCUUUCUUGAGACGCUCACCGGCCGACCCGUUACGGUGCCAAAACCUUCAGAGCCCAAACCCGAAGUUGAGGAGGGCGCGUCGCCCGCUUACUCUGAUGAUUCGGUCACUUUGGAGAGUGAUGAGCGGCCGCACCCCCCGACUCAGGAGAUGCUCGAGGCGCCCAGAGACCGUCUUGCGCCAGGUGUUCUUGCCGCGAAUGACGCUAUCAGCAUCAUUCCAACUAUCCUUAACUCUAUCUCUCUCAACAGUCUCGGCAUGAAGAUGAUAGUCUCGUCCAAUGCCCUUGAGACGUACUUGGAGAUUUUUGAGAGCCCGGAUCAUGUUCAGGCGCUGUGCGAAGCCGACUUGGCGAACAGCGUCGGUGCCAGCUUCGACGAGCUCGCUCGUCAUCACCCGGCUCUGCGACCUGCAAUCUCCAACGCCAUUCUGGAUAUGGUGGCGCGGGUUCUACAUCUGGCAAAGACCAAGUCCGUUAACGCAGGUUGGGGCGCAAAACUCGCCAUUGUCGAUCCAAGCGGCAAAGUCGCAUCCGUGGUCCCAACGGCGAAAGGAAAGGAGAAGGCCAUCGCCGAGGAUGUAGACGUCGAGAUGGUGGAUGCGAACACCACCUCUGUUGAGCAAGCUGAGGGCAACAAAAACGGCGCGUCUGGCAGCCAGAAGCCCACGGGUCCCCAUCAUGAGAUCACGCCUUAUAUUGCGGCACUUACUACCUUCCUCAGCUCUAUUCUUCAAAACUCCAGCCUCAAAUCGGCAUUCGUUCGCCAAGGCGGUGCUGAGUUACUUCUCCAGUUGGCGGAAGCCCCCAGUCUUCCCGAGGACUUCGCCACGACCAGCGCGUCACGAACCCUCUCACACACGCUUGCGUCUGUGAUUGAGGCGAGCCCCAUCCUUGGUCUCCCUUCUCUGCUUAAUCGGAUUCACGCCGCUAUUGAUGACCUUGAGCCGCUUGUCGGCAAGGAAGGCGCCCAUUCAUUCUUUGCACCCUUCGUCGUCCCUAAUCCUACGAUUGCGAAGGACCUGGGAGGGUGGAAACAAGGCUUGAGUGGCACCGUGGCUGGUGGCACUCGAGUUGUGAAGGCUUUGGUUAAACUCCAGCUGCUGCUCCGGACGCUUUACCAAAGCUUUCCCUACUCCUCCCGGCAGGCGACGGUCUCUAUGCCCGCGGUAAACGUCUUCGAUUACUUCGACGCUCUCAUCAAGCGCCUCGGCCCCCUCUUGCGCGAUGCCGCCAUGGAGGAUAUGGCACUUGCGGCCCUCGUUCCGCAACACUGGACGGGGAAUAAGCCAAUCUCACUGGAUGGUGCUGAGACCCCUGCGCCUCCUGUUCUCCCCGCGGAUGAGGAAGAUAAGCCUGAAGAGGUUCGCAUUGACGACAAGGGAGCAGAAAGGUCAGCCCUGCCAAAAGAGCCAACCAAGGGAGAACGGUCCACGACUCCGUUUCAAAACUAUUCCGUCAUCCACCGUCUACUCAAUUCGGUUGCACCCAGCGCGCUUCCGGUUUUCCAGACAGUGGGAAAGGUGCUGUUACCCAGGCGAGGUACCGAGUCGUACGUCAGGUCGCAGCACAUGAGGCUCGCAGAUACGUUGGCGCAGACUAUCCUGGAGCAGCUGUGCAUGCCACGGCAGACGCUGGCGGUUCGGGACAUGCAUUACUGGGCCGUUAUGUUCGACGCCCUGAACCAGAUGCUGAUUGACCCAACGAGACUGCCUGACCGCACCUCCGUCCAGCUGAUCUUGCCUGUCCUUGUGGCGUUUAAGGACCAUGGCGGCAUAGAGCUCCUGAAUACAAUGCUUCAGAAGUUUGCCGACGAGGUUUGUCGUGAUGCGAUCGAGGGCCAUGACGCUCACAGGUUGGAGCUCGCUACGGUUGGCAUGAAGAAGAUUUUCGAUAUCUACCAUGUCAUCGUGAAUGGCAAGAAUGUUUAUGAUUCCGUUGCCCAAACUAGUCUCUUCCCGCGGUCCACGGACAGGAGCAAAGAUUACGGGCAUCAGCUUGUCGUGGAGCUGAGGUUAGCCAUCCUCCCAACUGCCCGUAAGCUUUGGGAGUCAGACUUCGCUGAGAAGGCCCCCACGCCGGCCUUGAGCAAAGUCAUCGACAUCAUCAAGACCAUUGCGACAGCGGAUUUGGAAACCAACGCGUGGCGCAAAUUGGACAAAUCGGGGCCCCAACCCUUGUUCAGGAAUCUCAAACUCGAUCCUUUCAACUGGGCUGCUCACGCUGAGCAAGUUGAAAACUUGACGCGACUGGACUACGAGGAGGGGCUCGCCCGCGAAGCAGUCUAUCGUGCGAACGGAAAGUACGACGAAUCGACAGAGUAUUGCCGUGCUCACUCCAAAGACUUGGCAGGCAAGCGCAAUCCUAUCCCGGAGGUCGACGCCUAUCAGCGCCCGCCGUCACCGAAACCCCAUGAGUCUCGUGAAGAGAAGUCAUCUUCUUCAGCGACAAAUCCCCCGGGUGCUGAUCCCAUGUCGCUGGACUCGAUACCCGGAAUCAAUAACUUCAUUCGCGAGGCCAUUGGCGAAGCUGUUCCCGAAGACCUCUCCUCUGACGACUUCAACGGUGAGCAUUCAAACUCGAGUCAAGAUUCCUCUAGAGAAGACGAACCCCUCGCGUCCUCGGUGCUAGCGCAAGGCGCCCAACCAAGCCCAUCUGACGAAUUUCUGACGCCCCCGCGGGUCACGAGGGAGGAUCUUGACAAAGAGCGAGCCGAGAUCCAGAACGACUUGAUUGACCGUUGCCUGGAUGUCGUCAGGACUCAUCCGGAUCUGGUUUUCGAGGUCUGCGACCUGAUCCAAGUCACUGUUCUCAAGUCUGGCAGCGAAGUUCAACGGGGGGAAGUCGGCGAUGUGCUUGCCAACGCUCUGAUGUCCUUUGCCAUGAACGACGAGGAAGAAAAGCGCGCUAACGCCCGUGGUAUUGCCGCUUACGCUCAUUUACUUUCACUCCUCUUGCAGAAUCGGCCAUUCUUCAAGUCGACUCUGCCGACCCUGAAGCAGAACAUCGGCGACUACCUGGGCUUCCUGAAGGUUUCUCUCGCCAGCUCCAAUGAGGAGCUUCCAUCAUGGAUUCCGUAUACUCUUCUCAUCUUCGAGAUCCUCCUAUCAGAUGAUGAACAACCAGUCGAGGUUGAGUGGAAAGCACCAACCAAGGAGGACGAUCCCGUUGAGCCGCCGGUCUGGAUUGCGAGGGAACCCAACAUGUCGGCUGAGGAGCGCUCCAGCCUCCUCGCCUCGGUCUUGGACAUUCUCCCGAGGGUUGGCAAGGAAGAGACCCUGGCUGUCUCCGUUUUGAGGAUCCUCGUAAUCCUAACAAGGGACCAUGCAAUGGCAAAGAUCGUCGGCGAGAAGCGAAACCUCCAGCGCCUGUUUGUUAUGGCGAAGCAGUCCUGCAGUGGAGGGUCGGCGCGGCUCACGCAAGCGCACAUCUCGGACAACAUCAUGAUCAUUCUUCGUCACAUAGUAGAAGAUGAUGACAUCAUUCGCCAGAUGAUGGAGACAGAGAUCCGACAGUCUUUGAGUUCCCGAAGCCCGCGGGCAUAUCACGAUCUCCAGGGCUAUUUGCGCCAUCUUUCUCAUGUGGCGCUCCGUGCUCCGAAGCUCUUCGUCGAUGUCACCACAGACCUCGUGAAGCUGAGCAACUGGUCGGCUUCUCUUGAUCCCGCCAUGCGCCCCCACGCCCUUGCUCUCAAAGACAAACCCGCUGAGGAGGCGGCACCCCCGAAGGAGGGGUCGGUUGAACCCGCGGUGCAAGCAACAGAGGACUUGACUAUCCAAGAUGUCAAGCUGUCAACCGAGUCAGGAGAUAAAGAGAUGGCAGAUGCAUCGAAGACUCCGUUUGAAGUCAAGCGUCCUGUCCUGGAGAAUCCUGACGGUGUGAUCCAUUUCCUGCUCUGCGAGUUGCUCAACUACAGGGAGGUUGACGAUAAGGAGCCGUCAAGCCAUCCUGCGAAGGAGUCGCCGACGGGAGGCGAAUCCUCCGGUGCGACUGUGGAAGCGUCCUCUGCAGGACAGCAGCUGGUAGACCCGAAGGACAGAAAGACACCCAAGUCAACUUUCAAAGCAGAGGACCACCCAAUCUUCGUCUACCGCUGUUUCCUGCUCAACUGCUUGGCCGAGCUUCUGCAAAGCUUCAACCGCGCAAAAGUUGAGUUUAUCAACUUCAAGCGGAGCGCUCCCGUACUCAACAACACGCCCAUCAAGCCUCGCUCGAGCGUCUUGAACUACUUGCUCAACGAUCUUCUCUGCUUGGGGCCUGCCGGCAUCCCCAUGGAUUCGACGAUCAUCAAGAAGAAGGCUGCGACAUCAAACCAUGCACAGGCAGUGCUUGUGGCUCUGGUUACCCGGACCCCUGAGAAACCUGUCGAUCGCACCCGCAUUCACUUCGAGUACGAUGACGACUCGGACCUUUUGUUCGUUCGCCGGUUCGUUCUCGACACAGUCCUCCGCGCAUUCAAGGAAGCCACUACUCCUGGUGAACCGAUUGAGGUGCGCUACGGGAAGAUGAUGUGCGCCGCAGAGCUUAUGAGUUUGAUGAUCGGCGAGAAGGAGAAGGAGGGGGCGCCCAGAGACGCCCGGGCCACGGAUCCCGCCGUUAUCAGGUCGCAGAUGCAACUCAAGCGCCUCAUGUACGAGAAGGGUUACAUCGCUGCGUUGACGGCGUCCAUUGCCGACAUUGACCUCACGUUCCCCAACGUCAAGCGCACGAUCAAGUACAUCCUGCGCGUUCUUCGAGCCUUGACAAAGACAGCGUACCAGUUGAGCCAGUCGGACGUUAUUCCAGUGACGGCGACUGACCAGCCUGAGGACGACUUUGCAUCAGCGUCAUCCCUCUCAGAUCUGGACGAUGACCGUGAGGAGACUCCCGACCUCUACCGCAACUCCACUUUAGGUAUACUCGAACCGGGCCGCGAGGAAGAUUUCUCCGAUGAGGAUGAAGAUGAUGACGAUGCCAUGUACGAUGACGAGGCUUACGACGAAGAACUCGAUUACGGUGAUGAGAUGUCCCAGGAUGAAGAAGAGAACCCCAGCGACGACGAGGAUGAGCUGGGCGGGAUGGGAGAGAUCGAAGGCCUUCCUGGUGAGCCGGGCGUCGUGGAAGUCAUCAUGGGUGAAAACGAAGACGAUGAAGAUAUGGACGAAGACAUGGACGAGGAUGACGAGGAAGAGCUUAGCGACGAGGAUGAGGAUGAAGAUGAAGACGACGAUGAAGAUGAGAUGGGCUCCGAGGAUAUGGAGGAGAUCGAAGAUCGCAUUGAGAUCGUCAACGAGGAGGGUGAUGCUAUGGAGGAUGAGGGAGCUUCCGGUUGGGAGAGCGAAACGGAUGAAGAGGAUGAAGAUGGCGAGGAGGAGCUCCCGUUCGACGGGGGUGCGCAAGAUAUCCAUGAUGCACUGAUGCAUGGUCAUGGCAUCGAUCAACUCGGCCGCAUCCCCGAGAUCCUUAGGAACGUUGUCGAUGGGGAGGAUCUAGAUGCAGAGGACAUGCAGGAUCUCGACGAACACUACCUUGACGAUGGUUUGGAUGAUGAGGACGAGGAAGAAGAAGAUGAAGGUGACGAAGAUGAGGUGUACUACGACCCGAGCCAUCAUCACCACCAUGAUGACCACCCCCCUUCGAACAUCGCGUCAGGUCUCGGAUGGGACAUCCCCCAUAUCGAACCUCAUCACCGAUUCCGACAUGGAGGUGUUCGGAGCCCAUUCCCGCCUGCGUUCACCAUGGGAGGCCGCGAAGGCUUGGCACCUGACUUCCGAAGCUAUUUCCGCCACAGCCACCCCCGCCCACCCGCGAACACGACGGACGAUGGUGUCAAUCCCUUGCUGCUUUCUGGUAACCGUACUGUACCGGAUUCAGUUUCUCGCGUCACUGGCCAGCACAUGAUCCGCCUUGGGUUCCCGGGUGCUCUCGUCGGGCAUGGUAUCGACGCGCCCCUUGCAUUCAUUAAUGAUCUGAUGCAGAGCAUCCCUUUUCCUCCUAGAGGCGGCCCUUCCUUCAGCCUCCAGCUGAGAUCUGAAGGUCCAUCAGGAGAGGUCCGCCAGGUUAGCAUCCCGGUCAACAUGGCAGCUUCACCCCGCGAGACUCGUUGGGAGCCACGGCGUGAGGUGUAUCAGGAGCCCCACCAAGCUGUCGCCUUCUCUUCCGAGGCUACUGCCGAGCGAUGGCAGGAAGAAUCCAAGAUGAUCUUCGGCCUCAACCAUCAUGAGAAAUCCAAGCUGCUGACUACAGCGAUCCUCGGGAUGCUCGCCCCAGCUGCCAUGCAGCGGGAAAAGGAAAUCAAGGCUCGCCAAGAGGAGAAGCGCAAGCGCGAGGAGGAGCGUAGGAAGCGCGAAGAAGAAGAGCGCAAAGAACGCGAGGCCAAGGAAGCGGAGGAGAAGGCUGAGAGGGAGAGGAAAGAAGCCGAGGAGCGCGAGCGGCAGGAGCGGGAGCGCGCCGAGGCCGAAGCGGCGCGUGCAGCCGAACAAGCGACUGCGGUUCCUGAACCGGAGGUUGAGGAGCCCCAGGCCAUGGAAGGCGUUGAGUCUCAUGCCGAACCCCAGGCGGAAGAGCAGCAACCGGCUGCUCCGGCAGAACGCGUCACCACGGUCAUUCGUGGCGAGACCGUUGAUGUUACCGAGCUCGGCAUCGACCCUGAAUAUCUCGCCGCGCUUCCGGAGGAGUUCAGGGAAGAAGUUAUUGCUCAGACCGUGAGCACUCGGCGCUCGCAGGCUCGCGAGCAGGCGGCCAACGAGGGAGAGAAUACCGAAGUCUUCCAAGAGUUUCUCGAAGCUCUGCCAGCGGAACUUCGUAUGGAGAUCGUUCAGCAGGAGCGCCAAGAACGCCGUCGUCGCGAGCGUGAGGAGCAGCGUAGACAGGCAACUGCGGCUGGGCAGGUGGACCUUGGUCCCGUCGAGAUGGACACCGCUAGUAUCUUGUUGACCUUCCCGCCUGCCCUUCGGGAGCAGGUCCUGCUGGAGCAAGGCGAAGACAUAAUGGAUCAUUUGCCCCCCGAGCUCGCUGCAGAGGCCCGCGCGAUCGCUCAGCGGCAUAACUUGCAUCGCGUUCCGCCCGCGGGGGUGCCUCGUGCCCGGGAUGCUACCCGCCGGCCGGAAGCAGCAGUUGAGACGAAGCCAAGGCGGCGCACAAUCGUGCAAAUGCUCGACAAGCCUGGGGUUGCAACGCUUCUCCGGCUCAUGUUCAUCACGCAGCAGAGCUCCAUUCGCAACUACCUGUUUGACGUCUUCUCGCACGUCUGUGAGAAUCGCCAAAACCGCCUGGAAGUUAUCUCUACCCUCCUUCAGAUUCUUCAGGACGGCAGCACCGACAUGGAGGCUGUCGAGCGUAGCUUCAGCCAACUGUCCUUGAAGGCGAAGCAGCCGAAGGACAAGGAUCCUAAGACGCCGCAGAGCCUCAAGCGAACGUUCACAAACCUCAGCGCCAGCAAUCAGGUGACCGGCAACUCUGAGGUCUCGCCUCUGUUGAUCGUCCAACAGUGUCUCGACCUGCUGCAGGAGCUUGCAACUAAGAACCCCCAUGUUCCAUCCCUCUUCUUGACAGAGCACGAGACGGUUGCCUCUACACUUAAGCGCAGCACGAGCCGUAAGGGCAAAGGCAAGGAUGUCAACGCCAAGGCGCAGAGAUUCGCCAUCAAUUCGCUUCUGGCACUCUUGGAUCGGGAGCUCAUCAUGGAGAGUUCGUCUGUCAUGCAACUCCUGGCAGAUUUGCUCAACAAGGUCACCUACCCACUGCAGGCCCUCGAGCGUCGGCGUAAGGAAGCUGAGGAGGGAGCGAAGAAGAAGGCCGAGGAGGAUAGGGCGGAGGACAAGGCUGAGCCCAGCGCUGAGACCGCCCAGGCUUCGGAGGAACAACCUUCCACGGCUCAGACCGCUGAGCCCACCGCUUUUGUCUCAAACGAGAAGCAUACGGCGGCGUCGAGCACUGAUCAGCCCGAAGCGGAGAGCUCAACGGCGAAGGAGACGAAGCCUGAGGAGAAGAAGGUUCGGCAGCUUACGCCGCCUACGAUCCCUGACCACAACCUAAAGCUGGUCAUCAACGUCUUUGUCGCGCGGGAAUGCAGCUCCAAGACCUUCCAAAACACGAUAUCCACCAUCAAGAACCUCUCCAACAUUACUGGCGCCAAGAAAGUCUUUGGCGAGGAGCUUGUCUCGCAGGCUAGAGCUCUGAGCGAGAACAUUGUUUCGGACCUCACCGAUCUGCUUCCGCAUAUCCUCAAGGCAGAGUCGGGAACUGAAAUUCAGGGCAUCGCGCUUGCCAAGUUCUCGCCUGGCGCGUCGGAGCAGAAUAAGUUGCUACGUGUCCUGACGGCGCUGGAUCACCUGUUUGAUACUAGGGGCAGAAAAUCAAACGGGGGCGCAGCAGGCAGCGAGAUGGCUGAUGAGACCAAGGAGGACCUCCUUGGUUCCCUUUACUACAACCCGACGUUCAAAACCAUGUGGGACAAGUUGAGCGCUUGCCUCAGCGCGAUUCGGCAGCGGGAGAGCUUGCUCAAUGUGGCGACGAUUCUGUUGCCGCUCAUCGAGUCUCUGAUGGUGGUUUGCAAGAACACGACGCUGAACGAGGCGCCUACCUCGCAAACUGCGACCAAGGAGAUGCUCUUGUCUAGCCCUCCACCCGAGAACGGCAUUGCGGACUUGUUCUUCACAUUCACGGAGGAGCAUCGGCGUAUCCUGAACGAGCUUGUCCGGCAGAACCCCAAGCUCAUGUCUGGGACCUUCUCGCUGCUCGUCAAGAACCCCAAGGUGCUCGAAUUCGACAACAAGAGGAACUACUUUAACCGCAGCGUCCAUGCCAAGACGGGCCAGCAGCAGAGGCCGCAGUACCCGCCCCUGCAGCUUUCGGUUCGUCGGGACCAGGUGUUCCACGACUCGUUCAAGUCGCUCUACUUCAAGUCUGGUCCGGAAAUGAAGUUCGGCAAACUCAACAUCCGCUUCCACGGCGAGGAGGGUGUCGAUGCGGGCGGUGUCACGCGAGAGUGGUUCCAGGUGCUCGCCCGCCAAAUGUUUGACCCGAACUAUGCGCUCUUCAUCCCCGUUUCGUCGGACCGCACCACUUUCCACCCGAACAAGCUCAGCGGUAUCAACGACGAGCACUUGAUGUUCUUCAAGUUCAUCGGGCGUAUCAUUGGAAAGGCUCUGUACGAGGGCCGUCUCCUUGAUUGCUACUUCAGCCGUGCGGUUUACAAGCGUAUCCUCGGCAAGCCCGUGUCGGUCAAGGACAUGGAGUCGUUCGAUCCAGACUACUACAAGUCUCUUGUCUGGAUGCUCGAGAACGACAUUACCGACAUUAUUGUCGAGACCUUCUCGGUUGAGGAUGAUGAGUUCGGUGUCACCAAGGUGGUCGACCUCAUUCCAAAUGGCCGCAACGUUCCCGUCACAGAAGACAACAAGCACGAGUAUGUGCGGCUGAUUGUGGAGCACAAGCUCCUCACGUCGGUCAAGGACCAGAUGGAGAACUUCUUGAAGGGCUUCCAUGACAUUAUUCCUGAGGACCUCAUCGCCAUCUUCACCGAGCAGGAACUCGAGCUUCUCAUCUCAGGUCUGCCGGACAUUGACGUGGACGACUGGAAGAGCAACACCGAGUAUCAUAACUACACUGCUGCAUCGCAGCAGAUUCAGUGGUUUUGGCGGGCGGUGCGUUCAUUCGACAAGGAAGAGCGGGCAAAACUCCUCCAAUUCGUCACCGGCACGUCCAAGGUGCCUUUAAACGGGUUCAAGGAACUGGAAGGCAUGAACGGCGUCAACCGGUUCAACAUCCACCGCGACUAUGGCAACAAGGACCGGCUUCCCAGCUCUCAUACCUGCUUCAAUCAACUUGAUCUUCCCGAGUAUGAGAGCUACGACAUCCUCCGAAGCCAGCUACUCAAGGCGAUUACAGCUGGCAGUGACUACUUUGGCUUCGCCUAAACAGCGCAGUGGCCUGGCACGAUUGCGGAGACAGAGAGAUUUGGAGGUCAUAACAUGGAGGGACGGCAUGAAUUGCCCAUCCUGUCCAAAAAGCGUCACGGGGCAUCUGAUGGAUUGUUUUGAUUGCAUUUGCAGGUGGAUGGGGCGGCACAACCGCAAUGCUUCGUGUAGAUUUGGUCAUUGUAUGUCUUUAAUAUUUUUCAUUGCCCGCCCGUCUUCAGCCUGGCGUCGGGUAGUUACAGGUGGGAGAGCGGAGUGCAGGCCGCUUUCUUCCCUCUGCUACUGCGCGGCCUCGCGGAGGGGGUUUUGGGAGGUAGAACAUCGACGCCUCUGUUGAGGGGGGCUAAGCGUCAGUUAGG